AUGUCGAAAGUGGCGUCUUCUAUGUUCCACCCCAAGAGGCUCGACCUCUCUGGGUUUGUCAACACCCGCCUGAUCCGGGAUCACAACAAGCGCAAUGCCUUUGCCCAGAUGGAGCCCGAACGACAAGCGCUUCGCUACGUCAUUCGCAACACUAGCCUCCCUCAGCGCACUCGCGCCCAGGCCCAGCUCCAGCUGUCGCAGAUGCACUGCUACACCCGCCCGACCCAGAUCAAGAACCGUUGUGUGGCUUCGGGAACUGCCCGUAGUGUGUUCCGCAAUUUCAGACUCAACCGAUUCCAAUUCCGCAUGCAGGCUCUUGCAGGUGAGCUUCCAGGUGUCAAGAAGGCAAGCUGGUAG